GUUCUGAUUGUGGUUCUGAAUGUGGUUCCUGUGCUUGUGGUGGUUGUGUGUGGUCUGUGAGACGACCGGAGUUGGAUCCGAAACCAAAAACGCUCGCUCAAAACUGCAAAACAACCCCCAAUUCAAAAACUUCAUCCCCGGUCUGGAUGAGCGACAGGGGUCAUGGGCCCGGAGACAUAUAAAAACUCUGAAGGGGUUCAGCUCACCCACUCGGCUUUACAAAAACGGAGCAUGAUAGACAACGACGGGGUAGCUGAAGGGUAAACUUAGUACAUAGAUUUCGGUCGAUCGGGUUACAUGUGGGCAGCAUGGGCGAGAUUGAACAAGGGGUUAUGGUAAUGGGGGAUGGGGAUGGGGAUGGGGAUGGGGGAUGGGACCCGGCAAGCUGAGAUUGUGAGAUGAUGCCCGAAGAAAGAGGGGCAGAUAAGCUUUCAACGGCCUGAACGGUGCC